AUGAGUCGGAACUCUCUCAGCACCGAUCAGCAGCUCUUUAAAGGGGACUUCCUCAUGAGUAACAACCAAGAGUACAAGGCUAUCUUUCAGGACGAUGGAAACUUUGUCAUCUACAAAUGGUCUCCAAUCUGGGCCCCCAACACUGCAAAUGACCAGGCUUUUAAAGUCAUUCAACAGGGAGAUGCACACCUGGUCAUUUACACCAUAGACGAUAAGCCCAUCUGGGCCAGUGGUUCUUACAAUAAUACUCAUAGCGUUCGGGUUCGUCUGACCCUGACCGACGAAGGGCACCUGGCAACUUCCAACGAUGGGGUGCAAACCUGGUCUUCUAAGGAUUGCUAA